ACAGGGAAUUUGUUUUAGUGGUUUGGUGCAUAACAUAUAAAGAAGACAAAGUAUCUAAUAUACGUACUGUGUGUUUUUAAAUGAAAGGAGCUGCACAGUUUCUGCAGGAAUGUGUAAAGUGUUCACCAGGUAAGUUCACAAAUGUCCAAAGGAAAUUAUCAGAAUGUGUGCGUUCAUGUAUUCCUGAGGACAGGUACAGGGACAUAAUCCAGCCUACAAACCUAUACCUCAUAUUGCUAGUGUUUAUAAAUGUUAUUCUAAUAUACUGGGCGUCGUGUAGGACAUGCAGGGUUCGGGUUCAGGCUGUGGUCGUGUAGGCUGUGAGCAGCAGCAGUAACAGAAGUGGAGGCAGUUUGUUUGUGCCCAGUCAAAUAUCAUGUAGCCUGAAAGCUAACACGCUGUCCUCUCUCCUGCAGACAGGCGGGCGUUGAUUGGUCGGUGGACAGGCCUGCUCUGGAGCUGGAGCAGCUGCCGUCAUCCCCUCAAACGUGCUGAGGAUGCUGACUCUGCUGGCUGCUGCCUGCCCGUCCUGCUGCUGAUGGACUGCGGUCUGCAUGUGCUGUGUUCGGACACACGUCAGACGGACGGCUGCUGGAGAUCCGGAGCUGAGAUGAGAUAAGCGAGCUGCUGCAGCGCGAGCACGCAGGAAGGACGUUGUCACUUCGUAGCCGAAACCACCGGAAUCCAGCGAAUCCAGAUCCUCUCCAACCAGUCAAGGUUUGCCUUCCGUUCGCACCCGGUUCCCGCCUCGAUAAUGCUCGUGCCGCUGCUGUCCAGAGGUGAUGUGCGCUGAAGCUGCGGGGAAGCCGCAGAGGAGCUGUCCGUCUGUCGAGGUGCUGAUGCGGCUGUGACAGAAGCGAGCAUGGCUGCCGGGAAGUUACUGCUCUACGCCGGGCUCUCUCUUUCUCUCUGCGCCCUGGGCAUGCUGGCCGUGGCGAUGUGCUCCGACCACUGGUACGAGACUGACGCCAGGAGGUACAAGGACCGGUGCCGAAGCUUUUCAGGCCGCCGCAAGGACCCGGGCUUCAUCUACAUCCCCAAUAACAGCCUGCCGCUGCGGGCCAGCCGGAGCAGCCUGCCCCGCUGGGAGGAGAAGCUGCUGCUGGCCCGGAACCGGCGGCAGCUGUUCGCCAUGAGCGCCGCGGAUGAGUGCAACAGGCAGUAUAACUCAACCAACAUGGGGCUGUGGAGGAAAUGUCACCGGCUGGGCUUCGAUCAGGACAUCGAAGCCAAGAUCCAGAAAGGUUCCAUGGCACGGUGCUCCUACAUCAAGUAUCACUACUCCUCGGCUACGAUACCUAAAAACCUCUCCUACAACAUCACCAAGACAAUAAGGCAGGAUGAGUGGCACUCCCUCCACUUGCGGCGAAUGACAGCAGGUUUCAUGGGCAUGGCAGUGGCCAUCAUCCUGUUCGGUUGGAUCAUUGGCGUGCUCGGCUGCUGCUGGGACAGAGGCCUCAUGCAGUAUGUGGCCGGCCUCCUCUUCCUCAUGGGAGGAACCUUCUGCAUCAUCUCCCUCUGUACCUGCGUUGCUGGCAUUAAUUUCGAGCUUUCCCGUUAUCCACGGAACCUGUAUGGCCUGCCUGACGACAUCGGCCACGGCUACGGCUGGUCCAUGUUCUGUGCCUGGGGAGGCCUCGGCCUCACCCUCAUCGCCGGAUUCUUCUGCACCCUGGCUCCCUCCGUCCAGCCCAUACCCCGAUCCACCUGCCCCAAGUCCAGACAGGAGAACGGUACCGUCUGCUAAAGCUGAGAAGACCCAACUGAACCCACAGAUUGACAACAAACAAACAGAAAAACUGUUCAAUGUCUUCAUCCAUCCACUCAUCUCCAGUUUCUCCUGGUUACGGAUCUUUUUUUUUAUUUGUGUGUGUGUGUUUAAAAAUGGGUGUCUUGAUGAUCUGCUAUCUUGAAAAUAACAAAAAACUGAAGAACUAAAGAAAUAUUAUCAAAAAUUUGAAGUUGUGCUUGUUUUGUUGUUGUGGGGCAGACGAUGAAAUGGACCAUGACCUUGAAAGGUUGCAAAGGAAAUCUGUGGAGACGCUGGAAGACUUACAUUUUGGAUAGUGAGUGAGGUCAACAUGAGAACUUCUAUGAACCAAUGGUGGAGAACAAUGGUGAAUCAGAAGUGUUGGAGGGAAACGGUCAGAUUGUUACGAUCAAGUGAAGAAGUUUCUUGUGGAUUCAUGAAGGAAUGGGCCGGACAUGAAACCAUGUGACCUGCUCGGCUGGGAUCAUGUUUAGUGGCCAUGUGUUAACUUUCAGUGUUUCUGAGGUCCCUCCAGUUACUUUGGACAAAUGGGGCAGCGAGGAGAACCGGGACCUCCACUGUUGUACAUUACUGUACAGAAUACUCCAGAGAAGAGACAACCAGGAGCUGUCAUGUUGGACCAUGUUCAUUCUUGUGUAGGUGCAUUCUAUUCUGUCUUAUGAUCCAUAUGCCAUUUAGCAUUUUAUACACGCAUUCCUCUUUUAGUCAAAGUGUAUUUUCCUUUUUACUGAACCCGUCAUGUUGUGAACGAACUGUUGACUGAGCGUUCCUUCAGAGCAAAUGUUGUGUUUGUUUAUUUUAUUCCAUUCUAGUCAUGAAGGUUAACAUGUGUGAGUGUGUGAGGAGGCAUUGUUUUGCAUUCUCUAUAGAAAAACGUUGUAAAAAAUGAUCAUAAUGACAAAGCUUUGAAGCUUUGAACAGAAAGACAUGAUGGAGAGAUGUAGUAUCCUGUUCAACCCAACUGACUUCUUGUCAUAUUUUCUGGAGAUCCCCAGCAGACACAGCAGAUAAAGAGGAGUCAAGGAUGCGCAGCACGUUUAAAUUUGUGCACUGCUGCCCUAAGCGACUGUGGAAUGCUUAAGUUAUUGCAUCUGAUGAGAACGUGCUCCAGCUUUCAUAUCCAUGAAACUGUGAAGAUCUGCUAUGUCUCAGAGCACACAGGUUUUCAUCCAGCUAUUGUUUUUUUCUCUCAUCAACAGCAAAGACCUGACAGGGCUGUCUCUGUAAACAGUACAGUAUCAAAGCACAAGGUUAAAAAGGUUGUGGGCACCCCACUCAGCGGAAAGACAUCUAGACUAAAGACUAGACUAGACUUUCUCGUGCGCCCCUGGAUGCGCCGUGCGCCCCCCUCUGCCUUGUCAACACCACGCUCCCGGGGCGCCCGCUCCGCUAUCUUAAUGAGCGGUAUUUAAAAUUCGCGAGUUUUUUUCGUUUUCGGGCGGUGGUGCGCCCCCCACGGAGAAUGCGCCCUGGGCGGCUGCCCACAUUGCCCAUAGCUAAGACCGGCCCUGUGGGCUUUAAUACUUCUAUGCACAUUAGGGAAGCUGAUAAGAAUGCAAUAAACAGGCCAUUUAAAAUGAAGGCACAGACAUUAGAGCUGAGCGACAGUACAGUCAGCCUCCAUCAGAACUCCAGAAACAAAACCUGAACUGGGAUCUGCUUAAUCACAACUUGGGUCUUAUUUUGUGAGAACUUAUUCCAAUUAGAUCAGUGAGUGUCAACAUGUUUGGACAUGGUUAACCUAGCUGUACCUGUGCUAUGUGUGUUCAGCACCGCCUGACUGCCUGUUUUAAUUCUAAACUGAUCAGGUCAAAUUAUUUCCUGUCAUGAUUCACUCAUCAACCAAACGAACACUCCAAACAAUGAAGUCAGAAUAUAAUGUAUCAUGUACUCUGAGGACUACAGAUGAAUGAACCGUCAGUUUAUAAUCUGCUCUGUAUUUGUCAAACAAAAAUCAAUAAAAUCAAUACUUCAUGUUCAAAAUUCAGCCCUUAGUGUUGAUACAGUAUGGGUGUAGAUGUCCUGUGUUCCUGUCAGACAACACUGCUUUAGAUAAUCUGCAUAAACUCUUGGUUUGUUUGUCUGAUCAGCUGACUGUUAGUGUUUCAUGACUUGUUGAGUGAGUGAUGUGUUCACAGACCUCGGAAAUCAACCAAGUGAGUUGAAUCUAAUCAUCAAAUGUGAUAAAACUACAAAAAUAAGAUCCAAGUUAUGAUAAAUUAGGAUGAACCUUAAAUAACUCCCUGACCUAUUAGCUGCUCUCGCCCAUUGGUUGUAGUUACACACACACACAUCAGUCAGCAUCUCCCUCUGUAGUGGUGGUCCGCUGUAGAAUCGGUUGAAUGCACAAAUAAUUCAGUCAGGAUGAAUUUAGAAACUGUUGUUGUGUAUUAUUUCAGUCACACAAAACAUGGAUUAUUCUAGAUUUGUGACGCAGUCUGAAAGAAACUCUUCAGCUAGCGUUGACGCCUUCGUCCAUGCUUUCAUAGUGAUGUAACUAACAUUAUCUAAACGUCAGACAGGGUUCUCUGGUGAUCACAUCAUGUUGUGUGUUUUAUCCUCUGAGCCAAAGAGACAGAGCAGAAGAGACAGAGCAGAAGUGACAGAUCGUAACUGUGUAGGCAGGCCAACACAUAAUCUUAUAAUAAUCUAAUCUUAUAGACAGUCAUGACAUAAUGAAGUCCUGAUUAUGAAUUAACAGUUUGAAAGGCAUUUCCUGAGGUAAUAAGCUAUCAAACCAUUAUCUCUGAAAAACAGAGAUGACCGUCAGGAGUCUGAAGAAAAUGAAAUAAUCAAGUUGCUGCCUGAACAUAAUGAACUAAAACUGAUUAGAAACCACAGCUGCUCUUUAAUUCUACACAAUGUAUUUAUUAAUGCCGUCCAUAUGAGCCAUGAGUGCCAUUAACUAUUUGAGUUCAACCAGGCCACUUUGCAGUCAUUGUAUAUUUUUUAAAUGAAUUGACCAUUUUAGGUCAAUUGAUUUAAAAAAUAUACAAAACUGACUUUAUGUAGGAUAAUAAUAAGCAGACAGAGGGUUUGAAAAAAUAUGUAACAGGGUUGUUUCUGUAACAGGGUCCAGAUGUGACGUGCUGUGUAGUAAUUAAACCCUCACUAGAAUUAUCAUUAUGAAAUAUAAUGUUUCAGAGUGAUGAAAAUCAUCACACCUGCAGUCUGUAAUUUCUUUGAGAGAAACCAAUUAUUUUCCCUCCAAAGCAGAAGUUAAAGAGCGGCUGAACUAAACUUUAUCAUCUGAAAACAUGAAACAUUUCAUGCAUUACAACCUGUCCUUUACAAACAUCACAGCUUUAUUUGAUUUGGUGUAAUUGAGCAAAUUUACAGUUGAGAUGUCACCACAGUAAUGAUCGCUCGGAUUAGCCUAUAUGACAUCCAUAACUUACCGUACUUGAAACCCUGAAGUGUUAAUACUAUGAUAUAUAUGGAAAGAGAGAGAGAGAGACGAUGUCAAAUAUAUACAUAAAACAACAAUUUGUGAAAUAGCUGAAGUAAUUAUUCAAACUCAACUGUAACUUUUUUUAUUUCAUUAGAGGCAUGUGAAGAGUCAGCUUGUCUUUCAUAAUGACACUUUUCAUAAUGACACAUUUUCAUUACAUAACUUUUUAGAUUUCUUAGCAAGGCUGCACACCUAGCCUGCUACCUAGCUAGCUCCGGUUAGCCCUGGAUGUAGGCAGCAUGUGCAGCUCGGUAAACUAAGUGAAUAAAAGAAGAUGUUGCUGCAGCAGCAGAACUUUGUGUCUGUUCAUUUACAGCAGCAGGACAGGGCUGACAGGAGCUAACAGGAGCUAACAGGGGACACGUGAUUGGCUGCAAAGUCAGAGGAUGGGGUCAUGUGACUGUAACAAUGCCAUUCUGAAAUAAAAACAGACUUUUGAGAAAAGUCACGAGCUCCUAGAAAAGGGUUAUUAUGAAAAUUCAUAAUAAUUUGAGUUUUAAAAAUUUCACAAAUGAUUGUUUUAUUCAUAUAUGACUCAUAUGAUUUAGAUUUUUUUGUGAUGUCACAUUGAACACAUUUCCACGCCCUGUCAGAGGUACAGACUAAACGUGUGGAGUAAUAUCUGCAGCGUUCACAGACAAACUGAAAGACUUUGCUGUUACACACGAGGUCGACGUCAGAAGGAAUAAAAGCUGAGUCAGCAGAAGAAGAAGCGCACAGGCACGGACUUCAUCAGAGCAGAGCUGAUGAAGACGAGGACAGAGAUACUGCAGCUUCCAUUGUGGACAGAUCAUCAGAGACUAAACUGAUCUAUCAACCUUUAACAUCAGUAAUGUGUCUGUUGAAUAAACUUAACAUAGGAGAAAAAAAGGAAAUGUUCAACUGUGGAAUGUAAAAUCACAAAAUAAAUCUCGUCGGUGUGUUUACUAAUGAUGUUGGUUGUUGGUGACAGAAUGUGUGAAAGACAUCAGGAGG